CGCAUAAUGGAAAAAGGUAAGGUUUAUGCUACGAGUUGAGUCUCUGUGGAAUUCGAGUCCAGAAUUGGACAGGAGAGGGAGAAUUUUGAGGAUGAGGUAGAAGAAAAAUCCCAUUCCCUUAAAGCCUAGCCCACAAAACCACCAGUUGUUAUGCACAAACCGGAAAAUUUUUAAAGAGCCAAGAGCCAUAAGGCUGUAGGCAUGAAAAAGGGGUGGGUGGGGAUAGAGACUGGGAUUUCAGUAGGAUGGGAUAGCUGAAGUGGGAUAGGAAGGAAAUAGGGGGAUUUGUGAAGGAAAAAUUUUGGAAGGGAAAAUGGGGUUUAUUAAGAGCUUGAAGUAGAGUGACUUGUUUAGGCAGGGAAAAGAUAAGCGUUAUGUUAGCCUUCUAUACUGGUAGGAAUAUUCAGUAUCCAGUUUUAAUUUAUAUUAGCAGUAGUACUAUCAACGUCCUAGAAUAUUAGAUCGGGAUGCUCUUCAACAUAAUAUGAAAUAAUUAGAACAACUAAAUUUUUGUAGAGAAUCCUAUCGAUUUUUAAUACUUUUCACAUUUGGUUGAUAACAAAUAGUUCAUAUCUUUAUAUUACCUCAGAUUAAUUUUGCUUUUGUAUUGCAUUUCAUUAAAAUAUUUGCAAAUGGAGAAAAAUAUUAAAGAAUUACAACAUUAUGUAAUUUUCAAUCAAAGAAGCUUGAUUUGAUAUCAUUCAUCAAAAUUCCUAAAUUUUCUUCCAAAAAUGAAUGUCUAGCUCAUGGUUCUGUUAGUGAUCAAUUUCACCCAGAUAAAAGGAAAAUUUAUUUUCAAAUUUAUAAAAAUAAUUUAUCCCUAAUAUGAACUCUUUAGUAAUGGAGAAAAAUAGUAAUACUAAAAAUGGAGAGCAAGAUCAGCUUAAUCCAGAAUCAGAUAUCAAAAACUCAUUGAUUCAAUGAUAUAACGACAGCAUCAAAGAUGGCAAAAGAGUAGAUAUCUCUAAGACUCUUGAAGAGUACCAAAGCAAAUUUAACGUCCCCAAGGUACUAAUCAUGAAGUGGUUAGGAAUAAACCAGCAAAAGUCCUUGUUCAAGAGUACAAAAUUCCAAGACAAUCUUAGCCAAAGCUUCAUCUCACAAGACUCUGAAUAUACAAUCUCUGAGCCUUCGCCACUGAUUCCCAACGAAGCUCAGCAAGCUCAGAUCAAACAAAAUCUUGGACAAACUUUUAAAUGGAUAUUAGACAAAGAAUCUAAAAAGUCUUUGAGCAGGUCUCCUUCUUCAAAACUAAGCACAUUCAUGCCUGAAAACAGAAGAGCAAGCUGUCUGAACUCCUUGAACUUGAAGCUUGAGAUCCCACAAAACAAACAAUUAGAUAAAUCUGUUGAUGAUACACCAGAUUCGAAUCUUUCUCCUAAAAAUCUGAAAAACGAACUCGAAGAAAUUAAUGAGUGUAAAGAAGAUGACCAAUAUUUUAACGAAGCUCCUCAAACACAGAGGAAGCCAAAGAACAUCAUAAAACCCAGUUUCAUCAUCAGAAAGAAGAACAUACCUUCAGUUAAGAUUUCGAAGGUUUCAGAGACUCCUAAAAAGGAACUUAAAUCUCCAGCAUGUGAAGAGAAGCAGCCCCAGACAGAGAGGAAGCUCAAAAUUAAAAAGAAUCGGAAGAUCUUACAGUCAGCUAAAAAGAGUUUACGGCCUUCAUCAAGAACGAGUCAGAGAAGCGGAAGAAAGAGUGGAGAAAAUUUUAAAGACAGAAAAUCGUCUCUCCCUAACCUUAAUAAAUGGGAUCCAUCCAAAGUAGCUCAAAGUUAUUUCAAAUCCUCUCUAAAUAGUUUGGCUAACAUAGAGAAUACUUCAAAUACACAAACUAACGGACAGAGGAAGGAAAAAGGCAACUAUAUGACUUCUAAACACGCCUCUUCCAAGUCUAAACUUCUGGGUGAUACAUUCCUUUUCGCUAAUGAAUUCUCUCGAAAUGAUGAAAAAUCAUAUCUAAAUCUGAACAAUCACUGGUUCUUUAAAGCCAAAAGAGGGGCGAUGAAUAGGAAGUCCUUUAACACGAUUUCCAUGAAAGAUUUCUUGACCAAUGACACCUUGGAGACUAGUAGAAGGCUCCUACCUGAUUUAAACAAUAAAGAAUCUAGAAAGAUGCCUAAGUUUAAUGACUACAAAUCUUUCUCAAUCAAGACUACCUUCUCACCACCUAAAAUUAGCAAUAAGGCUUUUGUGGCCUCAGAUCAGAAUUUUUUGAAGAUUAAAAGGAACCAUCGCUAUUCUAAAAAUGUUCUUAACCAAGGAUUAAACAGUAAUUUGAGAGCAAGUCUUGGGAACAAGAAUUCUUAUUCCACCUCUAAUCUGAGGAACUUUGUAGGAAGCUCCACUUUAAAGCCAGGAUUAUCCAAGGCAGAACUUAAAGAGAUUAGUGAACACCAGAGCUUGAGUUCAUCAAGAGAAGUAUCUUUAGAACAAAUCGAUGAGAGCAACAAGGAAAUCCCCAAGCAAUACAUUAACCUCAGAAAAUCCUUUAAGGAAAUAAGUAAUAGUACAUCCAAAAGUUCCAAGAAGCAGAGCACUUUCAAGAUCAGGAAAAACAAGAGUAGGAGUAAAAAGAGUCCCUCUCUUUGUUAA